AUGGAAGGUGAAGGGUACAUCGUUACUAUCCUGCGCAGAGGCGAACAUGCCCCUCAUGAAAACGGAGUUAAAAAGAAAUGCAGCACUGUACUUCUUCGGGGUCCAUCUGGAUGCAUGGUCGUAAAUCCAGGCUCUGUUUGGGAUGGACCCAAUCUUAUCUCUUCCCUGAAAGCUGUCGGAGUUUCUAAUCCAGAAACAGAGGUUACCUGUGUGAUCUGUACUGAUGGUCGUGCUGAGAAUGUUGGAUGUAUGAGCCUGUUCCACAAUGCAGAUAUGAUGAUUGUGGGCUAUGACAUACAGAAACGUGGUGAUAUAUUCCUCGAACAUGAUUUUGGCGAUGGAAUUGUACCAUAUGAGUUUGAUGAGCAUGAGAUUAUGGCAUUGUUGGCCUGGCCGUUCACGACGACUGCUACCCGUGCAAACUGGAAUGGUCAGUUGGACCACUGUGGUAUAACCGGUAUUUUGCGUGGCUAUGUGGUAUGUUGA